ACGUCUGGGCACGCGUCGGAUGUCCUCAGGCCCCUCCUUGCAUCGCAUCUCACAACCGACCCAGAUCUACACCUCCUGCAUCGCUCCUUGGCCCUACUCCGCCUCGCUCUCUUCCCUGUCAAGGGCAGCAGCUCUACUCAAGCCAGCGCAAGUGGUAGGCGCUUGAGCUUGGCUGCUUGACUGCCACAUCGUCGUCGCCUUCGUCGUCGUCGUCGAUGACCAGUGCAAGCGUGGCUGUAUCAUCCUCUAUCCCUUCAAGGAUGCAGGACCGCCUGCCGACGGCUACUGCUAGCACUAGCGGCAGCAGCGGUAGCGGUAGCAACAGCAGCCAAGGUCAUGACCACACAGCUGCUUCUCGAGAAGAGCUCCGCGAGAAGAUCAAGGAGAUGAGACAGGCUAAACAGAAUGCAGUUGCAGAGACGACUGCUGCCUCGACAAGCCAACAUUCAGACUCUUCGUCCUCCAGCAACGGCUUCCUGAGGCCACAACAGGGGCGUAAUGGCAUCACGCAGGGGCAUACACUAUCGCAGAAUGAUCCUCGCUACCUAACGUGGUGUGCAGAUGAGUUCGAGGAGAUGGAUGAGCGGGGGCAGAGCAGCUCCGGCCACGACUCGUCCUCGGCAAGUGCUGAAGAGAGCACUAUCCUUGGGCACGGCACCAUGGCUUCUCUCAUGAACCCUUCCUUUUCACCUCGCGCACCCAGCGCAGCCAGCAUGGCCAAGUCUACGGGAGCGUCCUCGUCCUCUCCACCUUCAGAGACAGUCUGGAUGCAGAGCGGCAUGGACGAUGGCCGAGCUUCACUUGAUACCCUCGCAGCAGCUCCUGCCACCAGUCGCGAGAGCUACGACAGUCUUGCCUCAUCCGUGCGUUCUCGCCGUUCAGGGACCUCGAGUCCGGCCACUACCUCUACUCUAUCUGCUCGCAAAGGGUCUGGAUCACGCGCUUCAACGAGAAGCUCAUCGACGCGUCCUAUCUCACCACGAGGACCUCCGCCGAGUGAGCCACUACCGAUGCUACCUUCCGGACGUCGAUCGACGUCUUCGUACGCCUCCAGUAGAUCAGGGGGUAGCCAAGGUAGCCGUAAUGCUGUGCGACCGCCGCCCAACGAGCCUUUGCCUGAUCUGCCUCGCCCGUCGACGUCGUCCAGGGGCGGCUCCUCAGGUGAUCGGCCCUUCACCUCCCUGUCGGGCUCAUCAGCCGUCAUGCGUGCUAGCGUUGAUAGCAGCCGGCGCUCAUCGACAUGGUCCAGCCCGGAAUGGUCAGAGGCAAGGAGCGAGGCAGAAGACGACACGGAGGCAGAGGAGAACGCUUUUGGACAAGCCGGUCAGUCGCUUCCCAGCAUGGAAGAGGAAGCAGGGCCGCAGGGCAAUCACACGAACCACUCCAAGGGCAAGGCACGAUCGUCACACGGGACGCCGUCCGACAUUGAGGGACAGGCACACCAGCGUCGCUCGUACGUUUCCGAUGCCGAGACAGAGACUGGGCCAGGGUGGGAAGACUCUACGUACGAAAAUGAGCACCGAAAUGCUAUUCAGGGUCACGGUGGACAGCCACGGACGACAAUUGAUGCUCUGGCGCAGAGACUCAGCAGGGCGAGCGAAAAUUCCAACACCAGCUUCGUCGCCCUCUAUCAGCGCAAUGCCGAGUCGGACGUCGAGGGAUCCACGUCUGGCUACCAAUCAGAGCAGCACGAGCCGCCGGCUACGCCCACAACACGCUCGUCACACCUUUCCACUAUCCAUUCCUCCGCAGUAGGAACGCCUAGCAUCAGCAUAGACGAGGUAGACAGCGAUGCCACGAUCUCGGACGGCGGCUCGGGCAAUACACACGACGCUGAUACGCCGCGAAAGAAGCGCAGGCAGAAAUCUCGCCCAACUAGAUCGAUGGGUUUUGACGAGCAGAGGGCCAUGCUGCCUUCUGUGCGCAAGAGCUCUACCAAGCCCUUUGCUCCUCGACCGGAUCAGGCGCCCGAGCCCCCCGAGAAAGACCCUUUCGCCUUCUACUCCUUCUCUCCAGACCUUCCUCCCUUCGUCCCGCAGGGUCUUAGCCCCAUGGACCUGACCGGCCGUGGUACAUGGGCCAGUAUUGCUGCUCGCUCAGGCAUCACGAGCCCUCCAGCAUCCAUAUCUCGGAGCACGAGCUUCUCUACCGUGUCUCCAUCCAUCGACAGUCGUUUUUCGUCGGGCCCCGUCUCGAUGAAGAAGCUGGCCGCAGAAACGCGAGCCAAGCAGGCAGAUGCGAAGGAGUACCAACAGCGGCAAGCUAGUCUUCUCUCGGCCAAAUCAUGGCUGCCUAUGGACAUCCAUGCCCACGCCAUCGAGCACGGCCCAGACUACGCAGCGUCACUGCAGUCCAUGGGGCACAGCCACGGUCGUGCUAGUCAGCAGUCGCUGCACUCGAUGGGAUCAACCUCACACCUCUCCAUGCUUUCGCCCACACACGACUCCGUGGGCGUCGCAUUCGAUUUCAAUCGUCAUGCUCAAGCAGCACUCGGCAGAAGCGUCUCAAUCGGCAGUCAUCUCGGCCACAUGUCCGAAGCAUCCGUCGGCAGCGACUCGCUCCGCUCUGUCAAGCAAUAUCGCGAGUUCUCACAGCAAACCACGCCUCCUGCCAGCCCACCACCGGAAGAGCGUGCGCUGGCAGGGAGGAGCGAGGCGGGAGUAGGCGCCGGCGACGGUGACAACGGCAUUGCUGCUGGCGAAGCUGCAGAGACGGGAGGAGUCGGCUCCGACGCGCAUCGAGCUCGACGUCACUUCCACCUCUUGAAGAAGCAGAACUCGGCUCUGUCCAACAUCUCACGCUCGGCGUGGGAGACGGACGAUGACGGCGACGACGAUGGGGCUCGUUCCCACACGCCUACGCAGCUCAGCACGCCCAUUCGACGACGGACGUCCCGUCUGCGCUCGGGCCUGCACGACGAUGAGGACCUCGACGACGGUGCGUGGCCGCCGAUGAAGAUGCGAACCCCGCGCUUGACCUCCAGGCGUAGCAAUAUUGGCACAAAUCCCUAUGCUAGCAGUACCUUCCGCAACUCGACGCUCUCCCUUGAUGGUGAUGCUAAUCAGGGCGGAAAUGCGUCUGACUCUACGCUUGGAAGGCGCGGCAAGGCGCGCUUCAGUACUGGAGGAUACGCUCGCGACGACUCGAGCGAGAAUGACAGCGAUGGCAUUGCGGAGGAGGACGACGAUGACGAUUCGGGCGAGUCGGACCUUGACAUCACCACGCCUGCGCAGGAGUUGGCGGACCAGACUGGCGCCUUUGAUGCCAUCGUACAGUCGCGAGGGUCGAAGCGUAAGCUGCAGCAGUCAAAAGCGAACACGACUGGUCUUGCCAAGGCCACCAGCUCCCCAAGAACGAUCGCAGGCUCUGGCAGGGUCAAGGCCAGCAUCAACAGUGGGCGAGCUGCGAAUGACAGCGUCGCCUUCAAGGUUCCGAAGGCUUCCCUCGCCACCAACAAGGGGAAGAGCUUCGACGACUUAGCGACAGAGAUCGCCAGUCUCGCUGUCUCUCUCUCCUCGGCGUCGUCGCCUCGCUCUGCGGACCUCGUGAACGGGAAAGCCAAGGCUCUACAUCCAUCACUGUCCAAAAAUACGACCAUCCCCUCGACCCCUCGUCGCCUCGUCGCACGAGCAGAGAGCCCCGAUCUGGAAGAGAGCUUCCGCUCCGAAGCAGAGGCGGCAGACGAAGACGAGGAGGAAUCGCUGAUGCUCUCAGAGCUCGACUUUCCGGCUCCCUCCAAGGCGAGGCCGUCGCUGCAAGCCAUCAAGCGGGCGUCGAACGAAAGCGCAGCCGUCGCCUCAGGUGCCGCCGCCGCCGCCGCCGCCAACGUCAUUCCCAGUCCUGACACCAAGUCCUCGCCUCUCGCGAAGGUUUCCUCACCGGACGUUAAGUCCUCCCCAUUCGACACGCCGAGCACUGCCGUCUCGUCGGACUGGUCGAGCCUGCCCCGUGGACGCGACAGUGCGACCAGUGUCGCAACGACGGUGGACAACUACCGCGACUCGAUGCCUAUGACCAAGCAUGCGUCGCAGGAGAUGAAGUUGGCGGACAUCGGUGAGAAGGAGGAGAUGAGUGCCCUCAGUGAUCAAGCUGCACCGUCAUCCCAGCCAGGAGCCAUCGAAGCUUCGACUCGUCUCAGCACGGCAACCGAUCGCUCUCUGACGGAGACAGAGGUGGAUGAGGCGAAAACUCCACCUGAAUUUGCGAGAUUGUCGCUCAUUGACGAGGAGGCAAAACCUCGCAGCAGUAGCUUUGCUAGCGCUCAAAACGAACAGCAUCAUGAGCAUCACCAAGACAACGCAAUGGAGAUCCUGGACGGCUCAGAGGACGGCGUGCGUGUGGAGCAUGGUAUCGCUCUCAUUGCACCGCCGCCUGUGCCAUCGCCUCAGCCACAGCGUAGCUUUGCUCAGCCAGCCCCCUCGCCUCGACCGAGGCCAGCAGCUGCUCCGCGUUCUUCUUUGCCGACUCCAUCGCGAGGUUCCGCCAAGGGGCUCAAGUCGCCUACGACCGUGAGACGACCUUCAGACCCAGCUGGAGCGGUUGCGCCACCUUCACGCAUCAAUGGUACUCCAGCUACGCCUCGGACAAGCGGCUUUCGACCGCCUGCUUCGACGCAGCACAGCAUGGGCUCAUCGAGCUCAACAGCAUCAUCGGCCAUUACGGCCCCGGCCAUUGCGCCCUCCACGCCGACGUCAAAGGGGGUUUCCAUGACGCUAAAGAGCCCCACUUCACCUCGCACGGGCAUCGCGCGACCUUCUGUGGCCACCAGCUUGAAGAAAGGCGGCUCAGGCAUCGUUUCAUCACCAGCAGUUCGAUCGCCGACGACGCCCAAGACGACGACGAGUGCGUUGCCCCGCCCGUCGGCAUUGCCUGUUGCGGCUGGUAGAGCGGCAAAAUAGAGUAGUCGAUGAAUGGGCGCAAUUUUUGGACUCCUUUUUACCUAUUUAGAGAAUCUCUCAGUUAUUUCUGUUCCCUCGACUUGACAAUAUGACCACGAUACCCUCUUUG